AUGAAGUGUUCAGGCAAGUCCCUGCUUCUACCACUCAACGUGUCGACCCUGCUGGUGUUUGUGCUGUCAGUCAUACUUACCUUCUUUGCCGAGCUUGGAGGAUCAGAUAUAUUCCUGACUACAACAGUCGAUGUGUUUAACCUUUAUAACAACGUUUUGAGGAAGGCCCGAUGGUCUAUCUAUGGCUUCAUCAGCAUAUAUGCUCUUCAACCUCUCUGGCUCAUCUUUUCGCUGACCCUGUUCUGUAGGAAGGGACCGGAUGGUCCUCUCUACCUCCAUCCCGUCCUCUUCAAACCCGCAUUCUUCUGGGUACACAUCCUGGGUGAUCUUCUCUACAUCAGCUGGCUCUUCCUCCUCGACAGAGAAGCCCUGGAACUGGCCUUCGUAUCCCUUCUUGGGUUCGAAAAUAAGAUAGAGCUGCAGAAGCAAGGCCGUAACGUUGACAACUUGCUGUUCAUACUAUUCGUUGAGAAUGCUAUUGCUGCCUUUGCGACCUGGAUCCUUGGCAAUACACUGUUAACCCUGGCUAUGGUGAUGAGCGCCCGAUCCAGCACGCCACUAGGUCCAGUCAUGUGA